GUGUGUUAGGUUGGUAUGUCUUCUUUUGGGUUGGUAUACAAACGUUGGCAAUGGGAGGUUCAGGGCAGUGUCGUGGUGAUCGUCAUAGGGAGAGUACGUCUGUUUGUUUACCUGCCUGGCGUUGCUGAUCCUCUCCUUCCCCGCUCCUCACUCUUCAUUGGUAGUCUUUGCUUGUCUCCUGCUCCUGCUCCUGCUCCUGCUCCUGCUGCUGCUGCUGAGAUGGAGCUGCGUCUACCAAGGUCAAUGCUGAUGGCGGUGGUGGCGGUGGUGGUGGUGGUGGUGAUGGUGGUGGCGGCGGCGGGGGAAGAAAGCGCCAACCACGAAGUCAAAUCUCUCACUUCUCCCUCCCCUCCUGAGUUAUGGCAGGACAUCAAGCACCAAUGUAGCCUUGGCAGUGAGGUGUCCAUGGGCGGCGAGGGUGAGCGUGUGGUGAUGACGGUGGUGGUGGUGGGCGGGCUGGGUGCAGGGGCGGCUCGGAGGUCCUGCCACGCCCACGGAGCCACGCCCUUCUUCCUCAACACUCAGGAGGACGCUGAUAUCCUUCGUAGGACUUUGAAAGACUGCGUGAAGAGUGACAAGCUGGGCAGUGUGUGGGUGCCCGUUCGCCGCCACACCAGCCACAAGGGAGUGACGCGUCCAGCAGCGGGCUCCGGGGCUCCAGCGCAGGGCAAUCUGGAGUAUGACUGGAUGAGCGCACAGUACAACAGAGCCUCGGACACCAUCAGCCUGUUCCCCUUCCCGCCCAGGAACAUUCGACGCAGGGGCAUUAUUUGCGAGAGAAAAGGAAACGCGUAGAGAUAAGCAAGGGUGGAGGUAAUGUUUGUUUUGUGCGGCCACUCCCUUCUGUGUGUGUGUGUGUGUGUGUGUGUGUGUGUGUGUGUGUGUGCAGGCAAGGCCGCCACGUGACCCUGAGGUGCUGUUCUGUUCAUUGUGUUUGUUUACCCUUUGACUCCAAGCUCGAUCUCGGUGCUACUUGCUACAGAAUGAACUCUUUUUGUAACCACAUGCCCCCCGCCGCCGCCGCCCCCGCCGCCUCCUCCACGCCACGCCACCACGCCGCCUGGAUGCCGACCUUUGAAAGGCGAGGUGGUGUGGCGGCGGCGCGCGUGGAAUGCAGCUCUUCAUGUGUGUGGUGCAGGGUGGUGGUGUUGUGUGGUGAGUGUUGCGGCAAGACCAGUGUGUUGCCGCCUCAUCUGGUCUGGACUCUGAGGCAUAGCGGCGGCGGCGGCGGCGGGUUGGCAAGGCAGUCACCGUGAGAUGUGUGUGGGUGUCGUGGGCAGCGUUGCCAGGGUGGGUGGGUACAGCAAGAAGCAGCGGCACUCUCUCCCACUCCCGUCCCGUCCCUCCCUGAGCCAGGCCAGGGUUUGUUGUUACCGGCAAGUGUAAUAAAGGUGUUACUGAAG